AAACAUUAUUGAAAUAUGUAAUAUGGGCGAAUGAAAACAUUGUAUGAGAAUAUUACUUUAAGGGCGCGUUACUUGUGUCCCCGUUUAUAAACGGUGACUUGUGUAGCCACAUUCACGUUUUAGACGAAGCCUCUUGCAAUCGCAGCCAACACAAGCCUCACAGUCAUUCCUAUCAUGAUGAUUCCCAUGGUCGUGGUCGUGGCAAUGUCAUUGGUCGUGAUCAAAACAAACCACACGUGCACACGUGUCAUUUUCGCGUUCGGUUCAGUUUCAUCACCACGCGUUUCGUGUGAAAGCCUCGAGCAAACUGCUGCGUGUCGCUUUAGUAGGCAAGAAGCCUUGCGUCGAACUUGCGUUUAAUGCGAUCUAAUCGACGACACAAACGCCGGCUGCAAUGCAACGCAGGCAACAGCGUGACAGGAUGGGCGUGAUGCUGCUCCUAAACCAUGUAUUGUUUGAAGUGGGGGUAGAAACCAUUCCACCGGUCACGCUUUUGACUGUACUCGCUCAAGCGUGCGUUUUCCUCCAACUUUUCGAACUGCCCUGGCGCGACCUCUCCGGCGCUUGCAUUAGUGUUGACACCGUUCUUUUCAAGAAACAGUGGAUGCGCAUCUUCUACGGGGCGGUCGAACAUGGCGACAGUCUGCACCUGUAUUACAACAUGGUUUCCUUCAUUUGGAAGGGAAAGCUUCUCGAACCUGCCUUCGGGAGCGCGCAGUUCGCUUACAUCAUCAUCCUCUUUACUGCACUCUGUAGCAGUGUGCUCGUAGGUUUAAACUAUCUCUUGGGCACGUUCAUCGACGUCUCGUUCUACUACCACUGUGCUGUCGGCUUCUCAGGCGUCAUCUUCGCCCUCAAGGUACUUAGCAAUUACUACUUCCCCGAACAACGUCGGCGCGUUCUGGGCAUCAUCGUUGACUUGCCCUCCGGACAAAUCGUCUGGGUAGAACUGGUGCUCAUCCAGCUUGUCACGCCGAAUGCCUCUUUCGUCGGUCAUCUCGCCGGUAUCCUAGUCGGCGUCGCCUACGUCUGCGGAGUCAUCACGCCCAUCUCCGACCUCGUCUGGAACCUGCUCGGGCAACAACCCGUGCGCCUCACGCGACCGCACCAUGACCGUCGGCGCGAACCUAGCCGGCUGGCUUCGUUGCCCUACGGGGCGAUCCUUGUGUCGGCGGUGCUCGUCACGUUGCAAUUGGACCUUGUGCCGCACCACUGGAAGAAGCUGGUGAACGGUCCGUGCGUCACUUCUUCACUCGUGAUAGAUCAUCGCCAGUGGAAGCUGUUGUUCCUCCCGGCAUUGCACUCCACGGAAUAUCUGCACAUGGUCUACACGGUGUUAUCGUUGAUCGGCCUCGGCUUCUAUCUUGAACGCAGGAUGGGUGUCAACCGCUUCCUAAGCGCACUCUUGGGCCUCACGGUCACCACUAACUUCGCUUUCUGUCUGAUGACAUAUUACAUCCUGCCGAACUACAAGGAGAUUGCCGGUGUGCAUGCCUUUGAAAUGCACUAUAAGUGCUUCCAUGGCUUGACGGCUACGCUGAUUGCCAUGAAGGGCCUCUACGCCGCUUAUUACCCUAGGGACAGAUACUUGUUUUUGUUCUUCUUGGUUCCAGUGCCCAAGAUAUUAGGCGCCGUUUUUGAAGUUGCACUACUUCAUUUUAUAUUGCCCCAUGUGUGGAUAGUGGGCAACAUAAUAGGUUUUUGCAUUGGACCCUUGUUGGCAAUAUUAUCAGGAAUUUCUUAGUAACUGCUGUGUGCUUUUUUUUUAUUUUUGCCUAGCAUCAUUGUACAUAUUUGUCACGUUGCAGUUUCCCUUCACACACUAUUAAUGGACUAAUGAAGCAAUGCCACUUUUUGUGAUACUGGCAUGAUUUAGCGUGUACACUCAGUUCAAGACCUAUGCCAUUUUUAAUGGAGGACAUAUAGCACUACCAACAUGCUCGAGUUCGUCAUCCUUAAUAUACUUGAUGGAAACUACUUUGUGCUUCACUGAAUGAAACGAGCCAACAUUUUCCACUUUUGAGUGACAUGAAAAUUUUUUUGAACUUGUAGGUUACAGAAUGAACAAAGUAUUAGAUUCAAUGCAUGUUUAAUCAAUGAUGCAAUUCACAUACAUUGACAAGCAGGUCAUGCCUGAGCACAACUGUACAUCAUACUUUUUAUGUCCAACUAUUAGCUAUGAUUUGCUGGUCAAAUAAAGACUUUGCAUUUGCUUUGCUUUCAUAA